AUGGGAACAGCGCGGCACGGCGGCGCUGGCGAGGCGGGACACAAGGAGGCCCGUCGCAAUGGGAACGGGAGCGGCGCUAGCCAGCCGGGACACAAGGCGGCCCGUCGCGAUGGCACCGGCCAGCCGGGACACAAGGCGGCCUGUAGCGAUGGCACCGGCCAGCCGGGACACAAGGCGGCCGGUGGCGAUGGGAACGGGAGCGGUAGCACCGGCCAGCCGGGACACAAGGCGGCCUGUGGCGAUGGGAACGGGAGCGGUGGCACCGGCCAGCCGGGACACAAGGCGGCCGGUGGCGAUGGGAACGGGAGCGGUGGCACCGGCCAGCCGGGACACAAGGCGGCCGGUGGCGAUGGGAACGGGAGCGGCGACUCCCGAGCGCACCGCGGGGCGGAGCCGCCGCACGAGGCGCGCAGGCUGUGA